AUAUACGUCUAUAUCAACAACAUUAUUAUCGCUAGUAAGAAUAUAGAAGAGUACCUCAAGUACGUUAAGACAGUUCUUAAUAUCCUCGACAAGGUAUACAUUUACAUUUUAGUAGAAAAAUCCUUUAUAGCCUACUUAUUAAUAAGACUUCUUAGCUAUAUAGUCAAUAGCGAAGGAGUAGCUAAGACGGACAAUAGAAUUGCUAUAUUUAAGAAACUCAAGUUCCCUAAUACCUUCGAGACUUUAGAGUAG